GUGCCAUGCCCGUUUUUUCACUCUCGCGCUGGUCCCUGGUCGCCGACUGGCUCGACGACGCAGUAACAGUCAGUGAGCCUAGUCUUGCGAGCGGCUAACGUUUGUAUAUUAUGUUGAAGUGGUGGCGCAAGGGGGGUGCUGGAGCACCCAAAGCACCCAUCCUGUCUACGCCACUGGUAAUGGUUGAAGCGCCGACGACAGGUGGCGAGGUCCUGACUCCAAACGAUGCCGUCAAAGUACUGGAGGAGCUACUACCAGCACAGAACCAGUCCUACGAACUGGGCUUGAGGUUGAAUCUAAAGCCACACGAAGUAAAGAGCAUCCAUGCAACCUUUUCCGACCCGCGCAAACGUCUUCUUCAGAUCGUGUUGGAGUUCCUGAACCAAGUAGAGCCCAGACCAACCUGGAGAGUCAUUGUAGAUGCCCUCAAAAGUCCUGCAGUCAAUCUUCCUCAGCUAGCAAUGGCUGUGGAGGCAGCUCACUUUCCUGACACUACACCAGCGCUCGUACCUGAAGCCAGUGUCUCUUCCUCUCAGAGUCCGGCCACCUCCUCUCAACCAGGCCUCUCCUCACCUGUCCAUGGUUCUGGAGCCUCACCACUCACUGAAGUGGACUGUCAACCAGACCUGCCGCAACCAACAACUGGUGAUACAGUGACUGAACUCCAGCAUCGACCAGAGUCACCUCAGCCUAGUCCAAUGACCACUCAGUAUGUCCAGGCCAAGAUUAGAAGGUUUGAGAAGAGGUUCAAUGACCUGAAGAAGGCUGCCAGGGGGUGCCUCGAGAAACGCAAGAUUUCUGUCAAGCAAGUCGUUGAUGCUCUCACGUCGAUGCCUGCUGAUGACAUUGAGGAACAUGAACUGUUUCUGAAAGACAAUCUGAGCGAUCUCUACCAGUCUUUUGAUAUUUCGGAGCUCAUUGGAAAGUUGAGCCUACUGCAGUGGAACUACCUGUCCUACCAGUUGCUGGACUACCUGAUCAAGGAGUUUGGUUUGGAGGUGAGGAGGGAGAUGGAGGCCUACAAGCUAGAUCUGCAGAGGUUCCGCCAGAAGACACCACUAGCUCUGUUCUGCCAGUCUCAGAAGAGGAGGCAAAAGAAGCCUCCAGAAGGUUUCGAAGAGAUGGUCGCCGAGUUUGACUGGCCGCACGAAGUGACACUGGAAGUUGUGGAGCAGUUUCGACAAGAGUAUGCCUAUCACUACAAGCUUCGAGACUGUGCCAUGCUGUUGGCUAAAGUCCUUCCCGGUUCCUUCAUCAUCACCUGGUUCAUACCAGAGUCCAUUGUCAAGAAACUGAGAGAAGACAUCCCUCACCUCAUCCUCAAGAAGUACACUGUCGUUAGCCUUCAAAUUGCAGGAGUCAAGGUUUAUCCACCUCCUCAGAAGUCAGCAGCAGUCUCGUCACCUGGUCCUGGACCUUCAGCUGGUGGUGCCGCUGGUUCUGUUGAGAUAUCACCUCCUCAACCCAAGACAGAGGAGUCCCGUCUCUCACCAGAAGAGGAUUACCCUUUCGUUGAGAAGCCAUCAGAGGAUUUCUUCUGUCCGGUGACGUUGGGUCUACUGCUCCAGCCUCACCUCACGUCAUGCUGUGGUAAACAUCUCUCAGAGGAGUCUGCCACCAGAAUACAGGGAGUGGGAGGACCAUGUCCACUCUGCAAGUCUCCUGACUGGAGUACCGUUCUGGACAAACACGUCCGUCGACAAGUGAAGGAGCUUCAUGUGUUCUGUCGUCACAAGGAGAAAGGCUGUUGGUGGAAAGGAGAGUUGUCUGACUUUACACAACAUGUCCAGUCUUGCCAGUUCAGAUAUCUACAAGUCUCUACCCAGGGAAGAACAGAGCUCCACAAUGCUGCUGAGAGAGGAGAUGUGGAGGCAGUUGAGAGACUCCUCUCCACUUCUGUCAAUGUCAACUCCAGGACUGAGGAUGAAGGACACACUGCUCUACGGUUAGCCUCUUGGAAAGGUCAUGUUGAGGUUGUACGUCUGUUGCUCAAGGCUGGAGCUGCAGUCUUCAUUCCUGACAAGGAUGGUCUCAGUCCACUCUAUGUUGCCAGUCAGGAAGGACACUCUGAUGUAGUGGACAUUCUGCUAGAGGCUGGUGCUGAUGUCCACCAGGCCACCACCAAGGUUGGUUCUGUUCCUCUGGGGAUAGCUGCCGAGAAAGGACAUACUGAGACAGUUCAGAGACUGUUGGAGGCAGGAGCCAACGUCAACCACCAGGACAAGAGUGGAGGCACAGCCUUGCUCUAUGCAGGAUGGGAAGGUCACUCAGAGGUGGUGAAACUACUGCUAGGAGCUGGGGCCAGAGACAUUCCUGAUAAGGUAGACCAACUCUAAAUUAUGUAGAGAAAAACCUGAUGAAUGUCUCUCUCUACAGGAUGGAGACACUGCUCUGAGUAUGGCCAGAGCCAACAGCCACAAUGAUGUGGUACAGCAUCUACUGCAACACCAGCCAAAGUGAAAAGACUAGACUAUAGCCACAGUUACAACCACUUAAUAAUAUGUACACAACACCUUUUUACGUGACUUUCUGGACACACAUAAUAUUACUGUACUUUACAGAUCUUGUUUUUGUGAUGAGAGCACAGAACAUUGUGCAUUAUUAUAUACUUCCUAAAUCUGC